AUGGGAAAAUACAGCAUAGGCGCCAUUAUAUGGGCGUACCGUUCCACCAUCAUAAUGAUAGCUACACCGCUACUUCUUUCACCAAUUCCAAUAUACUUCAACGUGGCGGAACCUUUGUAUUGGCGGGAAGCUAACUGUGCCUACAUCCUGGCAAUUAUGGCAGUGUAUUGGGUGACAGAAGUGAUUCCUCUGGCUGCCACAGCGCUCUUCCCCAUAGUCUUCAUGCCAAUCUUCUCUGUCAACACGUCCGCCAGAAUAUGUUCACAAUAUCUCAAGGACACUAACAUGCUAUUUUUUGGAGGGCUCAUGGUUGCUGUCGCAAUUGAAAAGUGGAACCUCCACCGUCGCAUUGCGUUAGGAGUUCUCAUGUUAGUGGGUACAACAUCGCGAUGGCUUAUGUUGGGGUUCAUGCUCCCUACUUGGUUCUUAUCAAUGUGGAUCAGCAAUACAGCCACGACGGCCAUGAUGGUUCCGAUAGUUCAAGCUGUACUGCUGCAACUCAAGGAAACGACAACGAAAAAUAUUGAAGGAUAUGAUAACCCUGCACUAGAAAACGAUCCAGAAAAUGUUGACAGUACAAUUACAGAAGCUAACGGGAAGCCAACUGAUGCCAGUGGCGAUGAUUUAGAGGGGAAUGGCGCCGGGCAGGAGGAGGACCCUGUAUAUACCAGGCUGAGCAAAGGCAUGUACCUGUGUAUAGCGUACUCGGCCACCAUUGGCGGCUUGUCCACUCUUGCUGGCACCAUACCAAACCUGGUGAUGAAAGGACAGGUGGACAUAUUGUUUGAAAAAUACAACGACGACACCCACACAAAACUAACUUUUGGUACUUGGAUGGUGUUCGCUCUCCCGACAUCAGCAAUCUGUCUUGUUAUAGCAUGGCUUUGGCUCCAGUUACUUUUCCUGACCAAUUUUGGCUGUUGCAAAACUAAGUCCAGAGCCCAAGACUACACACAAAGGGCAGACGAGAAAGAAAAACAGACACGGGUGAAAUCAGCGAUGCGUAAAGAAUGGAAGAAGAUGGGGCGGUUGACGCUUGCCGAAUUAUUGCUGGUGAUAAUGUUAGUGAUCCUCGCUGCCCUGUGGUUGUCACGUUCUCCAGGUCAGGUAGAUGGAUGGGGAAGCCUGUUCAAAGCCAAAUAUGUAUCUGACGCAACUCCAGCCAUUUUAAUUUCGCUCCUCCUAUUCAUGUUGCCAUCCGAAGGACUGUGGUGCUUCUCCAAUAAUAAAGAUGAGAGAAAACCUGGUCCUAGCCCGGCUCUUCUAGACUGGAAAACGGUGGAGAAGAAUUUCCCGUGGGGAGUGGUCAUUCUGCUGGGUGGAGGCUUUGCUUUGGCGGACUCUGCCAAGGAAUCCGGUCUGUCUGAUCUCGUUGGAAAAGCAUUUGAAAGCUUCCGGGGUAUCAACCCAGUUGUGUUGGCCAUUAUUAUAGGUGCAGUGGUCGCAGGUGCGACAGAAGUGACCAGCAACACGGCCACCGCCACCUUACUUAUACCUAUCAUUGGGGAACUGGCUAUAGCCAUAGGAGUACACCCUCUGUAUCUAAUACUACCGACGACACUGGCGACAUCUUUUGCCUUCAUGCUGCCAGUUGCCACACCGCCGAAUGCUAUUGUGUUUGCGUACGGGGCGCUCAGAGUGGUGGACAUGGUUCUUGCGGGUAUUGGAAUGAACAUCAUAUGUCUUGGUGUGGUGGCAUUGGCCCUGAACACGUGGGGCACAGCGUGGUUUCAGCUGGAUGUGCUGCCGGCGUUCAUGCAGAAUGCGACAAUUAUCUCAACUACCACAAUCUUACCAAACUCAACUGUGGCGCUUCCUUUGAAUUGCACCUGUCCACCGUAAAUACUAGAUAUGAGCUGUAGCAGCGCUUGUGUUUUAUAUUUAAAUGGAAGCAAAUAUUCAUAAAUUUUAAUUGUUCAAUAUAUCAGAUUAAAUUAGAUUUUACAAACCCAUCAGUCCACUAAACAUCGAUGGAAUAAUAUUGGCAAUUUAAGAAACUUGCAGAUAUUUAUACCUUACAGAAUGUAUUAGUUUUAUUAAAGCAACAUUUUAUUUCCAAAGCGAUUCAACAACUAACCUAAAAUAGGUUGAAACGUGCCUUUAUCCUCCUUCCCUUUUUCUUUUAUUUAUAUAGUCUUCAUGCCAAACGAAACCUCUAAGUCUAUUUAUUUAUCAAGAUGUUUGUCGUAUGUUUUGUCAGUGGGCAGGCAGGGUAUCGAUACUUUCGUUCAAGAAAUAUGUACUGUUAUUAUAAGAAAGGGGUUAGAUAUUACAUUUUAUAAUACUGUGAUGCUUAGGCAAGUAUAAAUUAAGAUUUGCUUUUUUUGUAUUAUGAAAUUGGAAAUGAUGAUGUCAAUGUCAUCAAAAUCUGUAUGAUAUAAAUAACGUCAUGCGCUGGGAAGCAAAGAAAAUUGCUUGGAUUCCAUAUGAAUGGCGUCUGGAGCUUCUUGCAAUAUAUUAUCCAAGAUGACCUCCAUUAGCAAGACCUCAUUUUCUUCAAAUAAAAUUAUCCCAGUGCUGAAGCAAGUCAAACUAAGGAAGUAAAUUGAUUACUUGGUAUUUUAUUCGCUCUGAUUUAUACAACCAUUGAAACCAUGAUUGAAUUCUCAGUCCAAUUUGCAUGCAUGCUUAGUUUUUCAACUUGAAGAUUUAACUUAGCAAACCUUUUGGACUAGGCUGCUAUGUUAACUAUGUUAACUGUACAGAAACAUUCAGCAAAGGAGAAAAAAUAGCUGUAAAAAACUUCCAAAGCCAUCUCAUCCAUUAAAUUUGUAAAUUCGGUUUUAGUGUACAGAUAUUAUUGUAAUGGUAUCCUGUGUAGUACAAACCAUCAUAGGAGUGGAACACAAUAAUCUUAACACACUGUAGUACCAUGGGAAAGAUAAGACAUCAGAAAUAACCUAACCAGGCAUAAAUUUUAACACGACCAUUUUACUGGCCCUACAGCACACUUCAGAGCAAAAUAUAUCUUAUAUCAUAGUGUUUUAAAUAUAAAUUAUGCACAGCGACACAAAUGAUCUGGUGGUGACAACAGGUACAGCCACGACAAUUUCUGCACACCUGUUCUGUUACCUGAUCAUGAGGUGCAAACACAGGACUUAUCCAGUGAAGAUAUGCUUGGUUGUUUGAUUCAGCUUCGUCACACAAGCUCCACCUGGAGAGCUACACAAUACUCCUCAGCUCCAUUAAAAACUGACCUCAAAGAGACCCUUUGGCGAUCAGUCUUGUUCCAACAAAAAAUGGAGCUUUUUUCCCUAUAAUUUACAAAAGUUCUGUACAAGUGAUAUCAUUCAAAUAGAACUUCUUCUCUGACCAUUUAGCAGCUGGGUCAGUGUGUGACCCAAGUGAUUAACAAUUGCUAUAAUAACAAUAAUGAUAAUGAUAAUAAAUGAUUGCAGUAUAAUACAAAAAUUCUGUACAAAUGUUAUUUUCAACGUAACAUAAUACUGCUCAUGCAACACAUGAGGUGAUGAGCAACUGCAUUAUUUUGUUUGAAGAUUUUUAAGUCAGUUUUAUGUGUCCUGGAAAAAAUACAAUGGAAUCAGCAUAAACAGUUGCAACACAAGGCAACUGAAACAGAAGAGCUUUCUCACUGUCUCUCUAAAAUUCUACGUACCGUACAAAGGUCAAAAUAUAUGAUAUGCGCCAUGGCUCACAUACAGUGAAGAUGGCUGAAUGGAAAAUCAUUCAAUAAUUUUCUCCUGUAUUUGUCAUAAUAAUAAUAUUAAUAUUACCUUAUUCUAAAAACUUUUCAAACAAACUUGUUUAUUGUCCUUGCCAGCAGUGCUGUUGCUUAAACUGCUGUA